AUGGACGGCGUCGAGGACGGGCGCGCGCGCGGACUGAACGCGCGAGGGGUGGAGGCGUGCGCGUGGGGGGGGACGGAUGGCUCGAGCGCGGGGGGGGGCGGCGCGGUGGUGUAUUACUGCGACCGAGACGCGCGGACGUCGUGUAACGACGCGCUGGCGCGAGCGACGCGGAUGGCGAACGGUUUUGGGGUGCCCUUAGUGGUCGCGAUGCACGUCGGACGCGAUCUGAGCGGUCGGGGCAUCGGAGGGGCGAGACGGGCGGUGUUCGGGUUGGAGGGCAGACGAGAGCUGGACGAAGCGUUGCGCGGACGCGGGGCGGCGACGCGGACGACGAUCGGGGACGACGCCGCGCUGGGAGUGUUAGAGACGUGCGAGGCGGUGAACGCGAGCGCGGUGGUGUGUGAUUUCACGCCUCUAAGGGAGGGACGGGCGACGCGAGCGACGAUUGCGCGCGCGCUCGAGUGCCCGGUUGUGGAGGUGGACGCGCACAACGUCGUCCCGGCCUGGGUGGCGAGCGAUAAGCAGGAAUACGCGGCGAGGACGAUUCGGCCGAAGAUACGUAAAAAACUCGAUGAAUUUCUCACCGCGCCGACGGUGAUGGAUGACUUGGUCGUUCGGGCCGCGGGAUCUCUCGCGCAGAUGGAGACGGAUUGGGCCGCGCUCGUCGCCGACGCGCGAGCGAACGGCGCGCACGUACCAGAGGUGCACUGGAUCAAACCUGGGGAGAAAGCAGCCCUCGCGUCGCUGCUCGAUCCGAGCGUCGAUUCCUUCUUGCCGGAUCGAUUAGCGCUGUACGGCGAACGGAACAAGCCGACAUCCCCUCGAGCGGUGUCGCGUCUGUCGCCGUACUUAAAUCACGGGCAGUUGGCGCCGAGAAGGGCGGCGUGGGAAGCUGUGCAGCUUCGUGGGAUCGUCGCCGACGAGGCGAUAGACAGUUACUUAGAGGAGCUCAUCAUCAGGAGAGAGCUCUCCGAUAACUUUUGCCUGUACAAUCCCGAUUACGAUUCGUUGCGAGGCGCGAGUCAGUGGGCGCAAGACUCGUUGGCCCUGCACGCCUCGGAUAAGCGUGAGUACGUGUACGACUACGCUACGCUCGAGCGGGCAAAGACGCACGACGAACUAUGGAACGCGGCGCAAAAAGAGCUGUAUCAUCUAGGAAGGAUGCACGGAUUCAUGAGAAUGUACUGGGCAAAGAAGAUACUCGAGUGGACGCCGUCUCCGGAAAUUGCGCUUGAGACAGCCAUCCAACUCAACGACACGUAUGCUUUAGACGGACUCGAUCCGAACGGCUACGUCGGAUGCAUGUGGUCAAUCGCCGGCGUGCACGAUCAAGGGUGGAAAGAGCGCGCCGUCUUCGGCAAGGUUCGGUAUAUGAACUACGCCGGGUGCAAACGAAAGUUUGACAUUGGCGAGUACGUGCGACGCAUCGAGAGUGAGACGCGCGGAAGUAAGUGA